CACAUCCCUUACUGUUCAAUGUAAUGUUCCUGAACUUUGAAUACUAUCUCCCGGUACAAAGCAGGCCUCUUGACUUGAAUAUUUACCUCCCUUAAAUCGCUGUAGAAAACCCGUUUCUGAUCUUCUGUGUGAUCAGACAGAGACAUUCAUGCAAGCGCCUCUCAGAGACACCAACCCUUCUUUGGAUGUUAUUGACUUGCAAUUAAAUCAGGUGACUUUUGUGCAAGGCUGCUCACGUAAGGAAAAUUCCCGGCGUUCUAUUUUUCAGAUUCUUUUUUCCCCAAAGUCUCCGUUUGGAUGGUGUUUCUGUGCGUGAGCCUGGUGGCUUUCUUUGUCUCCAUUGGUCUUACUCUCUACCUCUUCAAAGUAAAAGAGACUCUUGUUGCAGAACUUAAAUGGCGAAGAGUCCUCACACAUCCAGCGAAGGUGACUCUGGAUCCGGACACGGCUCAUCCCCGCCUCAUCGUGGCCGAGGAUGGGAAAAGCGUGAGACAGGGAGACACCCAGCAGGAUCUGCCUGACAACGCCAAGAGAUUCGACUAUGAGUGCUGUCUGCUGGGCCGCGAGGGCUUCACCUCAGGCUGCCAUUACUGGGAGGUGGAGGCAGGGGCUGGAAAGUACUGGGCCGUGGGGGUGGCCAGAGACUCGGUGAGCAGGAAAGGAGAGUUCAUGUCUGACCUCAACCCCGAGAGGGGGAUCUGGGCCAUAAGGCUGUACGGGGGCCAGUACCACGCCUUCACCUCCCCAAAGACUCCUCUGACCCUGAGGCACAGCCCCAGCCGGAUCCGGGUUUGUCUGGACUGCGACCGGGGCCAGGUGGCAUUUUUUGAUGCUAAGAACCAGGCCCCCAUCUUCACGUUCCUGCCAGCCUCCUUCACUGGAGAGAGGAUCCACCCCUGGUUCUGGGUCAGAGGGGGAUCCCAGCUCAGCCUGUGUCAUUGAGGCACAGAACGUAAGAACGGACAAAUUGGGUCAGAUGAAAGGUCCAUCUAGUCCAGUAUCCUGUCUGCUGAGAGUGGCCAAUACCAGAUGUGCCAGAGGGAUGGCACGCAACAGAUAAUCCUCAUGGGAUCCCUCUCCUGUCACUGAUCU